AUGACAACCAACUUUGCAAGAGAAAACGAUUCUUUUGAAACUGUUCCCAAUAUGGAUGUUGUAUUUGCUCGAGGUGCUUUCAAGAAUGUCUACAAGGGAAAGUAUACCAAAGGAAACAGAACGGGACAGGAAUCUGUUACCAAAAUAUUCAAAUCUGGCAGUGUUUUUCAAGAGUCUUACUUUGAUAAUGAGCUCAAAAUAGUGAACAAGGCACUUGAAAUCAUCAAUCGAUUCAACAAGGAUCAACUUGUCGAUCAGAAUAUUUGGCUCAAUAUACCAGCUGUAUGGACGUUUCUGCCAGGCACUACAAGAGCAGGAGAGAAAUGCUUAGUGGAGCCAAUGAUUAUCAAUUUUCAAAAAUUCAAUAGCAACACUGGAUGGACGUCGAAUGAAUUGUCUGGUUGGACUGCAGUAAUGCAAGCCUUGAGUCAUUAUUCGUAUCAUGCAACUGACUGCCAGUUAUUGCUUUGUGAUCUUCAAGGUGGUAUUCAAAACAACGGAUUUAUUAUUACCGAUCCCGUGGUUAUGUCAAGGACUCAAGAGUAUGGACCCACCGAUUUUGGUCCCAAGGGAAUCUCUACAUUCUUUUCACGUCACAAUUGUAACAAGUUUUGCAAGAAAGAAUGGAAAGUACCUCAAGACAAGAAAGCCUAUUAUAAUGUCCAAAUGGGUUCUGCAAUGGCUCUUCCCGGUCAUAUCCCCGCGGCCCCAUUAGCUGCAAAUGGUCGAGUUGAUUCCGGAUACGCUUCAAUGAAUCAGCUACCAGGGCUAGUUGAAGGUCUUGAGAUUAUUGAAGAAUAA